CCUUGCGCCGCUUGCUUGCUUGCUCGCUGGCUGCCUCCCCGAUUCCUGGGGCAGGUGCAGCGCACGGCUCCCCCCGGGGUGCGCUCCGCUCGCCGCCGCCGCGGCUAUAAGUAGCGCGGCAGAGCAGAGCAGAGCACCCGGCAGGCACACGGAGACACUCAGACACAGCUCGAGCUCGCGGCGAGUCGAACGCGCGCGUCCGAGUCGGGUGCUGGUGAGUUUGGUGUCCGGACGCGAUGGCCGGCGGCGCCAAGAACGGCGGGGGGCCGAGCCUGUACGCGGUGCUGGGCGUGGCCAGCGACUGCUCCGACGCCGAGCUGCGCAGCGCCUACCGCAAGCUCGCCAUGAGAUGGCACCCCGACAAGUGCGCCGGCGCGGGGAGCUCCGCCGGCGGCGCGGACGCGGCCAAGGCGAGGUUCCAGAAGAUCCAGGGAGCCUACGCCGUUCUGUCGGACCCCAACAAGCGGAUCCUGUAUGACGUCGGGGCCUCCGACAGCGACGGCGACGAUGACGGCGCCGGGGAGAUCCUCGGAGAUAUUCUCGACGCCAUGAGCCAGGCAGGCCCCGCGCAGGAGCCGGGCAAGGGGGAGAGCCUGGAGGACCUGCAGCGGCAGUUCGAGGAGCUGUUCCUGCGGCCGUCGCCGUCGUCCUUCUGCCCGCCGGACGACGGCGCAGGGAAGUCGGCGGCCAAGAGGAGGGCCGCGCGGAAGUAGGGCCGGCCGUCGAGGGCCCGCUCGCGCGUGAUUGAACGUUGAAGAAGACGCACGCUGCGAUUUGGGAUGAUCUACUACGUAAUGAGCCAGCAGAGACAGCGACCUGCGAGGAUCGGAGGAGGAGGCUGCCUGUUCUGUCUGUGCGACCCAAUAACCCCGGCCGGCGCCCUCCUGCACGUUCUGAUGCUUCGCGUGCUCUCAACUUUGUUGCUACGGAUUGGCUAGAUUGGUGCCGUUAUUGUCUCUGUACGCACGCGCGCACCAUGCCUUCUCGAAUUAACAAGACGCCGACGGGAAAUUUUCCCAAGUGCUUGCUUGAUAGUACUAUCUGGAAA